AGCUUCAAGACAACUUUUCCGGGGGAAUGCAUUAGUAAUUUAUUUGUUUAUAUAUUUAACCCUUUUUUAAAAAUUUUUUUACUGUAACAUUUUUUUUUUGCAAAAAAUGGACUGUAUCGAUUUUCCGAGAGUUCUUCCAAAUUCCCCGAGGAAGACACGAGGGCAAAUACAGGUCAUCUUUGGACCGAUGUUUUCAGGCAAAAGCACUGAACUGAUGCGAAGAGUGCGCCGUUUCCAGAUAGCCCAGUACAACUGCUUGGUGAUCAAAUAUGCCAAAGACACACGUUAUUCUGAUAAAGGCAUGGCCACACACGACAAGAACACGAUGGAAGCUGUACCAGCCAAUUGUCUUGCAGAUGUGCGGCCUCUGGCAUUACAAGCCUGCGUCAUUGGAAUUGAUGAGGGACAGUUUUGUAAGUGUUUUCCAGACACGGUGGAGUUUUGUGAAGAGAUGGCCAAUUUAGGGAAAACAAUCAUUGUAGCCGCUUUGGAUGGAACCUUCCAGAGAAAGCCAUUUGGGAACAUCUUGAACCUCGUCCCUCUAGCGGAGAGCGUGGUGAAGCUCCACGCCGUCUGCAUGCAGUGUUACAAAGAAGCUGCCUACACAAAGAGGAUCGGAGCCGAGAAGGAGGUGGAAGUGAUUGGAGGAGCUGACAAGUAUCAGGCGGUGUGUCGAAAGUGUUACGGAGGUCUGGUGAUGAACAAAGAGAACAGUGCUCCCUUCAGGAAUGAAACUCCACAGCAUCUCACAGGGAAAGUCAUGGACUCUGCAGUUCCCAGGAAGCUUUUCUCCUCUCUUCACAUCUGAAACUCAAAAUAAGUAUUGUGGAAGUUGAGCAGGAGAGUAUAAAUGUGGCAAUCAAAUGUUUUUUUUUUUUCGUGUGCAUGUGUGUGACAAUUCGUGAACUAAAAUUGUAUUCUUUUAUCCAACAUUAAGUUUUUACUGGGUUAGAGUAUCCUUGUAUUUUAAGUACCUAAACUUUUCUAAAGAAUUGGAUUAGUCAGCACAAUUAAUCUCCUUAAAGCCUUUGUGUUUGUAAUUGGUGUCUAAGUGGGAAAGAACAGUAUUAUUCUCUGCAUUUUGUUUUUACUUGAUA